CUCUGCCCCUGCACGCAGUCAAAGUGCAACCUCUGAGUAGUUUCGUGCAAUAAUAUGCUCUGUUGUUCCACCCUGGCUCCUGAAACAGCCGACAUUUUCAAAGUGUGUCCGGGUGGAGGGGCACACUGCCUCAUCACCACACAGCUGCAAGCAGGCAGUGGCUUAAGCGAAGGGUACAGUGUUGCAGUGCAAUAAUCUGGCUCACUCGCAGCUAGCUUAUCGGUACAGCUGUUGACUGGCAGCAAGUCCACUGAAACUGCACCGACUCUCCUCCGUCCAUCCCGCCGAAGCACCGGCCGAGAGGGGCAAAUGAACGAGCUGGUGAAGAGUUUACCUUCCCCGACUCUGCCCGGGCUGCACCUCCCGUCCGUGGAUACCCACAAAGGCUGGCUCUUUAAAUGGACCAACUACCUGAAGGGCUACCAGAGGCGGUGGUUCGUGCUCAGUAACGGCCUGCUGUCCUACUACAGGACUCAGGCAGAGAUGGCACACACUUGUCGGGGAACAAUUCCCCUGGCGACGGCGCACAUCGAGGUGGGCGACACCUGCCACUUGGUGUUAACCAGCGGAGGCCGGAGUUACCACCUGAAGGCCACCUCCGAGGGAGAGUGCCAGAAAUGGGUGUCAGCACUGCAACAGGCCAAAGCCAACGCCACUCUCCUCAUGCAUCACUCAGACGACUCGGGGGAUGAAGUCCCAGUACCUCAGGAGGAUCGUACUCUAACCCAAGGGGUGCUUAAGACUCUGGCCAGCAAGCUAGAUGACCUGAGCACCUGUAAUGAGCUGAUAGGAAAACAUGGUGCUGCCCUCCAGCGCUCCCUCAGUGAACUCGAGGACCUGCGUGGAUCCACUGACAGCACAGACAAAGUGAAAGCCGUUAAUGAGCGAGCCACCCUCUUUCGCAUCACCUCCAAUGCUAUGAUCAAUGCUUGUCGUGACUUUGUGGACGUGGCAGAAUCUCACAGUCGGAGGUGGCAAAAGGCCCUGCAGCAUGAGAGAGAACAGCGUCACCAUCUGGAGGAGACCAUCGAACAGUUAGCCAAACAGCACAACAGCUUAGAGAGAGCCUGGAGGGAGAAUCCCACCUCAUAUACAGAGGAUGUGCAGGACUCUCAGCUGACCUGUCCUGUGCUUGCUGCCGUAGGCGUGGAGCGAUCCCAGGAGGGAGAUGCGAGCGAUGAGAAUGACGAGGCAGAGUUCUUCGAUGCCAUGGAGGACUCACCCGCGUUCAUAACUGUGACUGCUACUGGUAACAUAGCGCAUAAGCGCUCAGGAAGUAAUCAGAGUAUGAUGAGUGGAGGCGUGCCCAAUGACUGGACUCACAAUGAGAAUGACACCUCAGGCGCAAACCACAUGCAGCUACGAAGAACAAGGCGCAGCCGUAUUCCUGACAAACCAAAUUACUCCCUUAACCUGUGGAGCAUCAUGAAAAAUUGCAUUGGGAAAGAUCUAUCUAAGAUACCCAUGCCUGUAAACUUCAACGAGCCGCUGUCGAUGCUCCAGCGUCUGACUGAGGAUCUGGAGUACAGUGAGCUUCUGGACCGGGCCGCUCGCUGCGACUCGUCCCUGGAGCAGAUGUGCCUGGUGGCUGCCUUUUCUGUCUCUUCCUACUCCACCACAGUCCAUCGCACAGCCAAGCCUUUCAACCCUCUGCUGGGGGAGACUUAUGAGCUGGAUCGGCUGGAUGAGUAUGGUUAUCGCUCCAUCUGUGAGCAGGUUAGUCAUCACCCACCAGCUGCUGCCCACCAUGUGACAUCACAGCGAGGAUGGACCCUGUGGCAGCAUAUCACUAUUGACAGCAAAUUUCGUGGGAAAUAUAUUUCCGUGGUGCCGUUAGGAAACAUUCACCUGCAGUUCCACUCGAGUGGAAACCACUAUGUGUGGAGCAAAGUGACUUCCACAGUGCACAAUAUUAUUGUAGGGAAGCUCUGGAUUGAUCAGUCUGGGGACAUUGACAUUGUAAACACCACAACAAAGGACACCUGUCGUCUUAAAUUCUCCCCCUACAGUUACUUUUCCAGGGAGGUCCCACGCAAAGUGACAGGAGUGGUAGAGGACCGAGAGGGCACAGCUCAUUACAUCCUGUCCGGAACCUGGGAUGACAAAAUGGAAAGUGCCAAGAUAGUGGAUAGCAGCCAAGGAUGCGGAGGCUCCGAAGGGAAACAAAAGACGGUUUAUCAGACUCUUCCGCCCAAACUACUGUGGAAGAAAUAUCCCCUUCCAGAAAAUGCAGAGAACAUGCACUUUUUCUCCUCUCUGGCGCUGACCUUAAAUGAGCCAGAAGAGGGCGUCGCACCCACUGACAGUCGCUUGCGGCCAGACCAGCGGCUGAUGGAGGCUGGUCUGUGGGAUGAAGCCAACAGUCAGAAGCAACGUCUAGAGGAACGACAGAGACUGGAGAGGAAAAGAAGGGCGCAAGCUAACCAGGCCCUGGAGGAGGGGCAAGAUAUUGAGGGUUACCAGCCACUGUGGUUUGAGAAGAGGACAGACGAGACAGGCGAUAACAUUUUUAUCUACAAAGGUGGCUACUGGGAGGCCAAAGAAAGACAAGACUGGAGCCAGUGUCCUCAGAUCUUUUAGGACAACAUGCCUCUUGCACCACAGCAUCAGCCAGGCUGAGCGUUUCCUCGUGGUUUAAGGAUACUCUGAAGGUUGGAGAGUUGUGUGUAUGAGUUUGGAUGUACAUGUGUGAGUGAGUGAGACAGCUAAUCUCUCCAGGGAUUUUCAAGCACAAAAACAUCUGGUUCCUAAUUUACUUGCUCUUGCUCUGUUAUAUCUGCAUUUCCAAAAAUGCAUGGCCUCAGUAUAAGAGAGUUAAGAGCUGCAAAUAAUAUGUACACUAAAGGGAGUUCUGCGAAACACACGUGAUCAGGUGUGUGUGUGGGGAUAAUUCUAGGCUGAAGACCGAUGUCUUAUUUUCUUCAAAACUGGCACAACUUGCUGAGAUCUCCCAGUGAUGCUGGGUUUUAAAAGAAAUUUAGCAGGACAAAGCCUUCUUCUGUGCUAGAAGACUUCAAGACCAAUCCCUAUGAUUUCUUGGUGUUCUUUAUUAAUCUGUUUCUCAAAACUGCACAAACUGCAGUUUGAAAGGAUUAACAGUUAUUGUCUGACUGGCCUCUAAAGAACAGUCACUCCACCAAAUCUUUUUACAGAUAAAUGCUUUGUCUCCCAUAAUCUUGAAAUUACAGUAUGUCCACCUCCAUCACUGUUACAUUUAAGCCAGUAGCAGAGAGCAGCACACACCCACUGAAAGCACUUGAAUAAUGUCUUCACUGACCCUGGAGGAGCCUGAGUGUGAGAAAAUGACUAAAACAACAUAUUUGUGUAAUGUCAGCUUGGACUCUAUAUAAAACUCUGUAUUCAAAAAAGUGUGCUUAAGCUGAAGAUGCUGAAAGGUUUUUGCCUCAUAUCAGACAAAACUGCCAGCUCAUUAGAUUGCAUGAUAUUAUUUUCAUUGCCACCUCGGGCUUCCCUAAUCAAUUGCUAACACUUGUAAACAGCUUGAAAGGAGUGUUAGUCCCACUCACGGCGAUAAUCGCUCGUUCUUCCACAGCAGUCAUCUGGACAGGUUUUACUUUUUCUUCCAGAGAAACUGCUGUUUCACAUCAAAAUGCCUAAUGAGUCAACUGCAAUGGACUGAUUUUAAGGUCUGGAUACAGCAGCAAACGUUUAAUAGGUAGGGGAAAAUCGAGUUGCAGUGUAGGAUCCAGGAUUUUUGGAGCUCCGCCAUUACCAAGGACUAAAAUUUAGGAUGUUGCUGCUACGGCUGCGUCUGUUUAACUUAAAAAAAUAAAAUAAAAAAUUAAGUGGGGGGGGGGUUAGCCAAUCCCAUAUGGAAAAGAAAUAGUAAA